AUGUUAUAAACUAUUUAAGCUAUUUUCGGGCUCUUUGUAUUGCUCAAAAUAUUCUACUAUUUUAUCAUGCUUUUCUUGAAGUGCUUUGGUGUUGUGAAAUGGGAUGAUGAAUAAGCCCCGCAAUAAAAUUAGUUAUAACAAUAGGAAGGACAGAAUCAAUAAAAUACCUAAAUGCAAUAUUAAUAGAUCUCAGGGAAGAAGGAGAAUGAGAAAACCAAGAAGAAUAAGUCAAGCAAACAAAGAAAGUAGGAGAAAGCAUUGAAGAAUGUGUAGGAGAAGAAGGAAGAAGAAGUAAAGGUUAAACAGGUUGAAUAAAAGCAUAGUGUUACUUAAUAACAAAUUGAGUAUCACAGAAUGGAAAUGCAACGCUUGUAAGACUUAAAAAGAAUAGAGGAAACCCUUCGUUAGGAAUAAAAAAAGGAGAUUGAGAGAUAAGUUCAAUUAAAACUAGAGGAAUUGACAAAUAAACUGUAAAAUAACCACCAGCCUAUGAAAAAGUAGCAAUAAAAAAAGAGUAAAAGAUGA